CAACACAACUGGGCGUAUGUUAUGCGCUUCGAUUGAGUGAUUUUUCAAGCAAGAUACAUUUGUUCUUUUUAUUCUCUCCCAAAGUUUACAGAGUCGGCGCCGCGAAUGAAGUUUCACGGAAAGCGAAAGGAGGAAUAAAAGUUGGCAGAAGUUGGUCUUGUUUCCUAGUUGAGAUGGCAUCGAGUUGGUGGAAGGCUCCGUUGUUACUGCUGGGCAGUGUCUUCCUACUUCAGGGCAUCAUCACUUCUGAUGUUGUUCCCAAGCCUGGAGAUAUUGUGGUGAUGAGCGUUACCAACAAUUCCAUCUCACUGAGUUGGGGCUGGCCUGCAGACGUGAACAACUCGGAAUACAAUUUCAAUGUUACUUACAUUUCUGCAAAUGAAACACAUUUCCGGACAGAAAGCAAAAACUCCACAACGUUAACCAACCUAUUGCCUGGAACCAAUUACAGAGUCAUGAUAGUGACUGUUAAAGUUAAUGAUACAAGAAGUGAUCCUGUGGUUAAAAAUAUCUUUACAAAACCAAACCCUGUGAACAAUGUAAUCGUUCUGAAUCGCACCACUACUUCAGUUACUCUGAGCUGGGACCAACCAUUCGACCACAAGCCGGAGUAUACCUAUAAGGUGGCAGUGAACGGAAAUCUCUCAACAAAUGUGACUGAGAAUGAAUUCAUCACUGUGACUCAACUGAAUCCAGGAACAAGAUACAUUUUUAGGGUGUUCACGCUGACGGCAGAUAACACGUCAGCAGAUCCCGUCACUGUCUCUUCGACUACAGUUCCUUCCAAGCCAGGAGCCAUUAAUGUGACAGCCUUAAGCAACAGUUCCAUCUCCCUCAGCUUAGGAAGACCCGUGGACAUGGAGGUCAACCAGUACAAUUUCAGCAUCACAUACAGGGCUGCCAACCGUUCCGAUGGUUCCUUGAUUGAAAGUUCGAAUUCCACCACAAUCCAAGGUCUGCAAUCUGGAACCAAUUACACCAUAGUUGUGACUACUAUUGUUCACGGUGGAGUGAAGAGUGAAGCUGUGGUUCGAAGUCAGUUUACACAACCAAACCCUGUGAACAAUGUAAUAGUUCUGAAUCACACCACUACUUCAGUUACUCUGAGCUGGGACCAACCAUUCGACCACAAGCUGGACUAUACCUAUAAGGUGGCAGUGAAUGGAAAUCUCUCAACAAAUGUAACUGAGAAUGAAUUUAUUACUGUGACUCAACUCAAUCCAGGAACAAGAUACACUUUUAGUGUGUUCACACUGACGGCAGAUAACACGUCAUCAGAUCCCGUCACUGUCUCUUGGACAACAGUUCCUUCCAAGCCAGGAGCCAUUAAUGUGACGGCCUUAAGCAACAGUUCCAUCUACCUCAGCUUAGGAAGACCUGUGGACAUGGAGGUCAACCAGUACAAUUUCAGCAUCACAUACAGUGCUGCCAACCGUUCGGAUGUUUCCUUGAUUGAAAGUUCGAUUUCCACCACAAUCCAAGGUCUGCAAUCUGGAACCAAUUACACCAUAGUUGUGACUACUAUUGUUCACGGUGGAGUGAAGAGUGAAGCUGUGGUUCGAAGUCAGUUUACACAACCAAACCCUGUGAACAAUGUAACCAUUUUGAAUCACACCACUACUUCAGUUACCCUGAGCUGGGACCAACCAUUCGACCACAAGCCGGAGUAUACCUAUCAGGUGACAGUGAACGGAAAUCUCUCAACAAUUGUGACUGUUAAUGAAUUAAUUACUGUGACUCAACUGAAUCCAGGAACAAGAUACAUAUUUAGUGUAGUCACAAUGACGGCAGAUAAUACGUCAGCAGAUCCCGUCACUGCCUAUUCCACUACAGUUCCUUCCAAGCCAGGAAACAUUACUGUGAUGGCCUUGAGCAACAGUUCCAUCUCCCUCAGCUUAGGAAGACCUGUGGACAUGGAGGUCACUCAGUACAAUUUCAGCAUCACCUACAGGACUGCAAGCAGUUCUGACGUCUCCUUGAAUGAAAGUUCAGAUUCCAUCAGCAUCCGAAAUCUUCAAUCUGGAACCAAUUACACCAUCUCUGUGACUACUAUUGUUCAUGGUGGAGUGAAGAGUGAAGCUGUGGUUCUAAAUCACUUUACACAACCUAAUGAAGUGCAGAAUGUGAAUGUGAUGACUGUCGGCACCAACUUCAUAAUCCUCAACUGGACCAAACCAAUGGAUUAUAAAGAAGGGUAUCAGUACAUGAUACUGACUGAGGGAAACCCAGCCCCUACCGACAACAAUGAAAAUAUUACUGUAGAAGUUGAGAAUGCUACCAUAAAAGGACUGACCUCUGGAACCAACUACAGUUUUGCCAUUACUACACUGGUAGCAGAUGGAACUCGAUCAGAUUCAGUGAAAACUUUUAGCUACACAAAACCUGUACAGAUACCAGAAGCAAACAUCAGCGUGAGCAGCAGUGGGACAGUGGAUACAUUGUUUGUCUCCUGGACUCAACCACCUGGCAACGUGGAGAUGUUCUUUAUCAAGCUGCAAGAUGUGAGAAAUUUAGACAUGAAAGUCAAUAGUACAAUUUCCACAUCUGUAAAUUUCACUAAUCUUCGACCUGGCCGUGUGUACAAUGUCACAGUGAUUACACACAGCGGACCUUUCAAUGUAACCUCUGGCAAUGUGCAGGGUAUAACAGUUCCCAGUGUUCCUGGAACCAUCACUGUGACCAACGUCAGCAACAGUUCCAUCUCAUUAAACUGGGGUGCACCUAUGGAUAUGGAUAAUGGAAGUUAUUCCUUUGAAAUAACCUACAAUAAUGGUUCUGCAAAUAUGUCGAAAAGAGUAAAUACAAAUUCAAUAAUUUUGAACCUUACUUCUGGAACCAACUACACCAUUUCAGUGGCCACUGUUGGACCUGGAGAAUUGAUGAGUGACAUUGUAUCAACAUCUCAGUUCACCAAACCAAACGUGGUGAACAGACUUCAAUUUGUAAAUAUUGGCACUGACUCCAUAACUUUGAAUUGGUCACAACCAAUGGGAUAUAAAAAUGACUAUUCAUAUCUGGUAGUGACAAAAGAAAGCUCGAAACCUACCAUUAUCAUUCAGAAUGUAACUGUAGAAAAUGAAAGUGCUACUGUGACAGAUCUGACCCCUGGAAUCAACUACACAUUCACUGUUACCACACAUGUCGGCAAUGUCCUGGCUGAUUCCAUAGAAGAAUCCAGCUACACAAAACCUGUACAGAUACCAGAAGCAAACAUCAGCGUGAGCAGCAGUGGGACACUGGAUACAUUGUUUGUCUCCUGGACUCGACCACCUGGCAACGUGGAGAUGUUCUUUAUCAAGCUGCAAGAUGUGAAAAAUUUAGACAUGAAAGUCGAUAGUACAAUUUCCACAUCUGUAAAUUUCACUAAUCUUCGACCUGGCCGUGUGUACAAUGUCACAGUGAUUACACACAGCGGACCUUUCAAUGUAACCUCUGACAAUGUGCAGGGUAUAACAGGUCCAAGCCCUCCUGGUGCUAUCAAGGUGUUGAACUUCAAUACCAGUUCCAUCUCAUUAAACUGGGGAGCACCUGCUGAUAUGGAUGAUGGAAGUUACUCCUUCAACAUAACCUACAGUGAUGGUUCUACUUUAGAGUCUAUUGUGAAACAGUUAAACUUCACCACAAUUUCAAACCUUAUUUCUGGGACUGAAUACACGAUCUCUGUGGCCACCAUUGGACCUGGACACCUGGCGAGUCGCAUUGAGAUGACCAAGCGCUUUACCCAGCCAAACCCCAUUCAGAACCUACAAAUAUUGGACUUCAACACAGACAGCAUUUCCCUACAUUGGGCAAGACCAGGGGAAUAUAAAGAGGAAUAUAGGUAUAGAGUGGUGACAAAAAGAAGCCCACCAUUUACAGAUGGUAAUGGAAAUAAAACCACAGCAAAUGAAACUGUGACUGUGGAUGGACUGACAUCAGGAACAAACUACACCUUUUCUGUUAUCACACUGGCGAAGGAUGGUACUCCAGCAGAACCAACUGUUAUAGCCAACUACACAGAACCGAUGAAAAUACCAUCAGGGAACAUCUCUCUGAGCAAUGAGAACACAACUAAUUCUUUAAGAGUUACCUGGGUCCGUCCAUCAGGAGGAGUUGAGAAUUUCAGUGUUGAGAUAAAAGAUUCUCGAAACCCAAAAGAAUAUGGCAACAAGAGCAUUGUGCAACCUUCAGUAACUGAAACAGUAUUCAGCAGGCUACGGCCUGGAAGGACAUACACUGUAACUGUGGUAACAAUUAGUGGUCCCCAUCACAUACCCUCAGAUGAUGUAAAUGAAACCACCUUUCCUACACCACCCGGAAACAUUGUGGUGACCAAUGUCACUAAUUCAUCACUUCAUUUUAGCUGGGGGACACCAGAAGACAUGAGUAUUAAUGAAUACACUUUUAUUGUCAGCUACCAAAUAGCUCAGGCAUCAAAUAGUAAAGAGGUUUCUGCAGAAGAUAAUAAAUCUACUCUUCAUAAUCUUAUCUCUGGAACCAACUACACCAUAACUGUUUUUACCACUAUUGUGGAGCAGUUGAACAGCAGCUUUGUGACAAAAUCCGUCUUCACAAAACCAAAUCCUGUCAACAAUUUUCGUGUUAUGGCAACAACCAGCUCCUCAAUAAAUCUAACCUGGGAUGACCCACAUGACUCACAGCCUGAGUACAGGUACAGACUGCAAACGGCUGGAAAUACAACUUCCAAUAAAACGGUCAGUAGUAAAAACGUACAUGUUGACCACUUGAAUUCAGGAGAUCACUACACAUUCACUAUCUUCACCCAGGCAGCAGAUGGAACAGAAAGCAAUUCAAUCAGUUUGUCCAAGUGCACAAAUGCAGCUGCAAUUAGUUCUUCUUCUCUGAGCUGUGAAGGAGUGGAUCUCAAUGCUGUGCUCAUUUUGAGGUGGACAUGUCCAAGCGGACUUAACAGCGGCUUUAUUCUUAAAGCAACACAGAACUCAAUUAUUUGCAAAAACGAAACCAGUGCAACAUGUACGUCAAACCAAAUACAACAAUUUAAUCUGAGCAAUGUUGAAUUCUUCACGGACUAUGUUGUGAGCAUCACCACCUUGUCGUGUGGUUCCCCAAGUAUACCAACCAAUAUCAGCUGCAAGUCUGGAAUUACCAAUCCUCCACCACCUACUGGUAAUUUAGAAUUACCAAGUCUUGAAUUCACCCACAACACAGUGAAGUUCAAUAUCAAACAGGAAGCAUUUAAUUCCACCAGAGGUCCAAUUGUGGCAAUUGCUGUGAUUGUUACAAAAGAUCAAAGCGAAAGUGCUCCUAAUGGCAGAGCUCUUGAAACAGCAUAUAGCCAUGAUGUAUCUACGUAUGUGACACAAGUUAUAACAUUCCCAACUCCUUCCCAAAAUACCAAAGCAGCUGCUCUGGCAGAACCCAUCUCUGUCAACAUAGGAAAUAAUAGCCACAGUUUGGGAUAUUUUAAUCAGGAGUUAACUCCUUUGACCAGUUACCGAUUUAGUUUGGCUGGAUUUACAAAAUUACAAACUAAUGAAGAACAGAAAAUUGAUGCAAAUAAAUCCUUCUACUCAAUAUAUCUUUAUUCGCAGAAGAUUACAUUGAACCAAAAUCCAGGUGUCAUUGUUGGAGCUGUGGUUGGAACUAUCCUGGGUGUACUUGUCAUACUUGUCCCACUGCUACUGAUUUUAUUGUGGAAGAAACGGACAAAGUCGAACAACAAGCAUUUGACCCAACUUCCAAUCCCAAACCUCAGUGCUAUCAGUGUAGACUACUUUGAAGGCUAUUUCAGCAAGCAACAUGCUGACUCUGACUGUGGAUUUGCUGAAGAGUAUGAGGAACUCAAGACAGUUGGAAUAUUGCAGUCAACGCAAGUCUCCCAGCAACCUUUGAACAAGCCUAAGAAUCGUUACAAUAAUGUCUUGCCCUAUGAUAUCAGUCGAGUUAAACUCUCUCUCACUUCAGACCCAUCCAGUGAUUACAUCAAUGCUAAUUUCAUGCCGGGAUAUAACUCAAAGAAAGAGUUCAUUGCUGCACAAGGGCCAUUGAUGAAUACAAUGAGCGAUUUCUGGCGAAUGAUUUGGGAACAUCAUGUACCAGCUAUUGUCAUGCUUACCAAGUGUGUAGAGCAAGGGAGGGCCAAAUGUGAGCAGUACUGGCCAACUGAGCGUCCUCUCAUCUUUGAAGACAAAAUUGUUACCCUGACAUCAGAAGUAAUUAAUGAAGAUUGGACCAUCAGGGACUUCUCAUUGGUAAAGGAUAAAACUGGAGAGAAAUACAACGUACGGCAAUUCCACUUUACAGGUUGGCCUGACCAUGGUGUUCCGAGCACCACUGCGGUCCUCAUUGAGUUCAGGAACUUAGUGCGGCAUUACAUCAAUCAACAUCAAAUGCAUGGACCCACUGUAGUGCACUGCAGUGCUGGAGUUGGUCGGACAGGAACAUUCAUAUCCAUCGAUCAUAUGAUUCAGCAGAUAGACAACAACAGAAAGGUCGAUAUCUGGGGUAUAGUUUAUCAGCUCCGAAUGAACCGACCGCUGAUGGUGCAAACUGAGUCUCAGUAUGUUUUCCUGAACCAGUGCGCCAUGGAGUAUAUCAAAUCAAGCAAAAAGAAUGACGAAGACGCUAUCUAUGAAAAUACACCUGCCCUCAUCUAUGAGAACGUCUCUGCUAUCCGAACAGCCCAAGCAACCAAUGGUCACAUACUUUAAUGGAAAUGACGCUGGAGUCUCCCUUUUGAACUCAACUCCACCUUUUUCUAGUUUUAUUUUAUAAAUUAUAAAUGUACUUUAUAUUCAUUUAAUAAGGUAUGUCUAGAAGUUCCUUUUAAUGCUGACAUGCUGUUUUUUCAAAAUAAAUAUCUAUUCUGGAACAAAAGCUGGAGAGUGCUCAGGAACUGCAGGAAAUCUUUGGCAAUUGUUCCUGAACUUGAAAUGCCUUGAAAUCUUUGAGAAUCUGCAUAAUUCAUUACAAGUGGUUUGCUCAUUUGUGUUCAGUCUCUGGUUUCAUGCUAAAUGUGGCCUCUUCAAGGUAACACCAAAUGAUGUGUGAAAUGAAAUCAUCUAUUUCAAGAAUGUUUCCAAGGUAUCCAACCUUCCCAUUUUGCUGUGAGAUAUAUAAACUUGUUAGAUUAGCUAAACAUCAAUAUUUGAGGCAUAACUACUCCUGAAUUCAUAUUAAUAAAGAAAUGCCAACCCUUGUAAAUAUUGCCAGAACCUGGCACAAACUGUGAGUUGUUUCCAGAAAUGAAAGUGCUUCCAUCAAACCUGAUAAAACAUUGAAGAUAUUAUGUAGGGUAGUUGCUUUCUUCAAAUUCAUACGACAGGUUAAAUAAGAGGCAUUUUGUAUAAAGUGGUGGAAAAGUAGCUGGAUCAAUCAGCAAGCCCAACGUGGCAUAAUUGUUUAUUCUGCUGUUUUUAGGUUCCACAUAGAGAUAAUAAUCAGCCUGUACUGCAGUGCUGAAAUUAACAUGCAUUCAGUCUCCAGAAUAUUAACCAAAACCAGAUACUUCUCACACAGUGUCAAUAAGGUAUGUCCUUUCAAACCAGGUUCUACUCAUAGAUGUCUGAGCCUUGCACUAAAACAGCCAAAACAGCGAUAAAAGAUGGCUUAAAGAGCAGAGAAUCGAUCCUCCAUGUGAGUGUAUCUACUAAGCUGAAUGACAUUGCAUAUCAAGUUGUUUCUGGAAUUAAGUGUGUAUUAGACAAUGCAUAAAAACAAAGUUAAUUUUUGUAAUAUUGUCAUUGUGAUAAACAUUGAUACACAUUCUAAUCUAGCAGAGCUCUUUUAAAAGAUCUCCCUUGAUUUGGUCGAUCUUAGUAAAUGCAGAGGCGUGGCUCUAUCUCUGAGUCAUGCUGAGGAAGCAAAGGGAAGUCUCUCUGAGUGGUGGGAAUUUGUCACUGUGAGAUAGAUACUGAUUCAAUAUCUAUUCCAUACUCAGUUAUUUUAAAGGAUGUAAUGUUUAAAUUUUAUUUAAUCUUAAAUAUGUAGUAAAAAACUGAUUGAACCUUUCCUGGUAUAAGUGGAUUGUAUAUCUUUAUGCUGAGUGUUUGUAGCCUGACUUAGAAGCUUAUGUCUUGAUACUUUAAAUUUAAACAUAAUAUCUUUGCCGGACUUACUCCUGCAUAAGCAGGAGUGAAUAAGGAAUAUGUCAAUAUACUACAGCCAAGUAUUUUCCACUGAACUUGUAUGGAAUCCAAGAACAUCAUUACAACUGGUGUAUUCAUUUUAAGUUAAUCUUCUUAUCAGAAACUGCAUUAAUUUGAGCAAGAUGUGUAAUUUGGGGUUUUAUAGGAUCAUCAUAUCUCUGGAAAAUACUGCAUAGAGAUCAACUUUAUCUGUAACCAUGCUCACCGGGACUGCCUUUGGUCAGUAGCAUUCUGACAUGGAAUCCAUGUUCACCAAAAACAGCACAUCAUGGAUUGUAAGGGAGUCCAAAUUACUCUUGCCUGUCAAACAGAUUUUCAGUUACUGAAUAAUUUCUUGUAUCUCACUGGUAGUGUCACUGACAAAGCUCAUCAUAUCUGGUAAUUAUGAGUUGUUUGACUUUUCUUUUGGGAGGGCAGAAUAAUUGAGAAACCGAAGGUCAAACAGGAAAGUUUGACAUUAAGUAAAGGAGGACAGAGCAGCAACACUGCACCAAGCUCAAAUACAAGAAAUGCAAAAUCAAUGUUUGUAUCUAGAUCUUGAAACAAAUUAGUGGUGAAGCACUUGUACAUUAGGUGAUGAGGGAAGGUAACGAUUAUAUUACUAUAUAAUUUGGAACUGAUAUAAUUUCCAUUAAAAUUGUUAAAAGCAUAUACACUUAGAAAGUGAAUGUUUAAUAUUUGAUUAAAACUGAGAAGGCAUGAGCUAUUAAUGGGCAUGGUCAUUAUUUUUAGAUUAUACAGUAUUUAAAGGGGAAUAUUAUGUGAUGGGACAGGAAGUGAGGCCCAGGUACAUCUGGCCUAAGGUAUAAGAGCUGUUUACUCUCAGGGACUCCAAGGCACUCUCUCCAUGUGAAAAUUGGCCCAAAUCCAAUGCAGGGAUCUAGUAAUGAUGGCCAAAAGAAGUCCUUCUGAAGAUUUUUUUAGCUAGAUAUAUCCAACUGUAAUUUGACAAUAUAUUAUCAUUCCUUCCUGUGGACUACCUUGACAUGGAGCACUGCAACUUAUUGAUUUUUAUAAUAAGCACUUUGGUUGGUGAAUGUUUUAGUGUGUGCAUGCUACUAAUUUAAAUCAGUCACCACUUUGUAAUGCAUGGUACAUGUAUCCAUGGCAUGCUUCACAUUGUUGAUUUUAUGCACCCAUGUGUCAUGCAAGUUUUAUGUUCUUGUCCACCCAGCUAUCCCCUUCCCACUUGAACAUUUUGUAAUGCAAGCUCUGUCUGAAAGUACCAUUUUUUUCAGCAUGCAUCUUCUGAAUCGAUGAAUGGAAAUUGUCACUUUUCAUAAGAAUAUUUCUUCAGCACCUAACUCCUGCAUCUGUGGGCACUAAUGUCAGCAUCUAACUUGUGCUACUGUGCAAGAACUAUUGAGCACAGUGUCAGAGCUCAAAGUUGUUACUUUGGUCACAGGAGAAAUAUAAUGACUCCUGUAUUGUGACAUUUUGACUUAUUCCAAAUUCAUCUCCUGAAGAAAGUUACCAGACACUUUCAAUGUUUGGAUACCUCGUUCAAAUAGCCAUUCUAUCAGAGUCUAGGUAGAGUUCAUCCUUGCAGAGUUUAAGAGUUGAAUUAUAUUCAUCUCUCAUGUUCACGUGAGCUUUUCUUGAAAGAAGUCACUGGAGCAGCCCCACAUGCCUCAUCCCUGAUCUCCACCCCAACCUACCAGCCCAGCUGUGAUGAGAUCGGAACUGUUUUCUGGCUGAAAUCUGUGAACACAUGUCAGACUAUGUCCUUCCAAUUAUGUUUGACUGUGCUGGCCUAAAUGAUGCACAGUGGUCUCUCAGUAAAUUUCACAUAGUUUUACAGUUCUGGACCUGUAGCCUUCAAGCUACCAUGGACUUGAUUCCUGCCCUCUUUUGCCAUUUAUCUUCAGUUCAUUGUUUUCAGUCCUCCUCUGAGCCUUGGAGGGUUAAGGACAUGGCAGAUUCCUCUGUCUUAAGGCAUGAGGAAUGGUAAAUACAUCCAAGGUACCCAUUCACUCCACAGUGCAGACCUUCUGUCAGAGCAUUGUCAUUUGGGGAGGGUGGAAUUAAGAUGCACUACGCUUAACGAGCCUUUUGUCAGGGAGUAACAGAGGGAAAUGAAAACUUUUCUGAGUCCUUGCAUUUUGUUUCCAUCUUCAUUACAAAUCAGCAGAACAAUAGCCCCCUUAGGAUUUUAAUUGCAUUUUUAAAUGUAGAAAAAUCUGUCCAUCCUUUAGCACAAACAAUUCAUGUCAUUCCACACCAAAUAAACAAGGGUAGAAGUGAAAGGGGUAUAAGAACAAAGCACAGUGUUAAACUGUGAGCACCAGCACUGUGGUGGAAGUAAACAAGCAAGAAACUAUGCGCAAUAGCACUUUCUAUCAAUGGUUUUACUAGAAGGAUUAAUUUUAAACUAGAUAUGUGUAUGUAUAUAAGGAUGUAUAUCAGAUAAUAUGUAGCACUGUAUUGUUGAAUUGCACUGGAUGCACCUGUGGGAGAAAUCAAUUUAUUCUGUCUGUUCACCUACUCACUGAGAGAUGUAAUUUUAUCAGAUGUAGAGUAAUAUUUUUCAUUGUGAUUACCUGAUACCACCAACCAUUGGAUUUGGAGGUGUAUGUCAUUUUGAUUUUGCUAUGUUACAAUGAUGUAUAAAUCUUGUUUUCUAAGUAACAUAUAAUGAAAAAUUUUGCUAUUAAAAUGAUCUUUUUAU